AUGGCAACCAUGACGGACCCCUACGGUACGACCGGGCAGUUGACCCUCAAAUGGGAUCCGAAGAACCUGGAGAUACGUACCAUGUCGGUGGAGAGGACUCUGGAACCGCUGGUUCUGCAAGUUACAACACUUGUGAACAGCAAGGAUAAGUCCGCUAAGAAGAAGCGACCUGGCAAAUCCAAACGCGCCAGUGCAUUAGUGGCAACCGUAGAAAGAGCGACUGAGAUCUUCAUAGAACGAGGGCAGACUAUAGCCUACGAGAACCCAGAUAUUACCCAGGAGAUGUUGGCCGCCGUGGAGGAGGUCAGGAAGGCUGGCGCGGCGAUGAGCCUGGCUGCGCGCGAGUUCUCCGAGGAGCCGUGUGCGUCGUCCGUUCGUUCGGGAAUGGUGCGCGCGGCGCGCGGCCUGCUGUCCGCCGUCACGCGCCUGCUCAUCCUGGCCGACAUGGUGGACGUGCACCUGCUGCUGUCCAACCUGCGGACCGUGGAGAACGACCUCGACAAGCUGAAGUCAGCGUCCUCCCAAUCGGAGUUACUGGAGUCGGCGCGCCAGUUUGGUCGCUCUGCCAAUGAAUUGGCGUCCCAGGCAGCUCGUCGGCAGCGGGAGCUCAAGGAACCUCGGAUGAAGGACGAGCUGGCCGCUGCGCGCGCCGUUCUGAAGAAACACUCAACCAUGCUACUCACCGCCUCCAAGGUGUACGUGCGCCACCCCGAGCUGGCGGCCGCGAAGGCGAACCGCGACUUCGUGCUCCGCGCCGUGUGCUCCGCCGUCGACACCAUCGCGGCCGUGGCGCGGGGCCGCGCGCUGCCGCCUACCGGUACGAAUCGAGUUCCUGUCGAAGGACCCGGCGAGUUGGCUCAAGCCCUUGACGAUUUCGAUGAACGUAUGGUGAUGGAGCCGCUCGCGUACUCGGAGCUCCGCACGAGACCGUCUCUGGAGGAACGCCUCGAGUCCAUCAUUUCGGGUGCAGCCCUCAUGGCCGACAGCUCCUGUACUAGGGACGAACGUCGGGAACGCAUCGUGGCCGAAUGUAACGCGGUCCGCCAGGCUCUGCAGGACUUGUUGCACGAGUACAUGAGCAACGCCGGUCGCGCUGAACAGUCCGAGGGUCUGGAGCGGGCGCUGGAGCAAAUGUGCAGGAAGACCAGGGAUCUUCGCAGGCAGCUAAGGAAGGCGGUGGUCGACCACGUCUCUGACAGCUUCUUGGAGACGAACGUCCCCCUUCUGGUUCUUCUAGAAGCGGCCAGAAGCGGUAACGAGAAGGAGGUCGAGGAAUACGCGAUCGUGUUCACCGAACAUGCCAACAAACUUGUCGAGGUUGCCAACCUCGUGUGCUCGAUGUCCAAUAAUGAGGACGGUGUCAAGAUGGUGCGACACGCAGCUGGACAAAUAGAGGCACUGUGUCCGCAGGUGGUGAACGCGGCGCGCGUGCUGGCGGCGCGGCCGCGCUCGCGCGUGGCGCAGGAGAACGCGACCGCCUUCGCGCGCGCCUGGGAGGCGAGCGUGCGCGUGCUGAGCGACGCGGUGGACGACGUCACCACCAUCGACGACUUCCUGGCCGUCAGCGAGAACCACAUCCUGGAGGAUGUAAACAAGUGUGUGGUGGCGCUGCAGGAGGGAGAUCCAGACUCGCUCGAGAGGACCGCGGGUGCGAUACGUGGGAGGGCGGCCAGGGUGUGCUCGGUCGUGACUCAAGAGAUGGACAACUACGAGCCGUGCAUAUACACGAAGAGGGUUCUGGAGGCGGUCACCGUGCUACGAGAUCAGGUUAUGUCAAAGUUCGCGGUAAGAGUCGACGCCGCCGUGUCGGCUCUCGGCGAUGGGGCGGGCGCUGGUCUCGACGAGAACGACUUCAUAGACGCCUCCCGUUUGGUCUACGAUGCAGUGCGUGAGAUACGGCGUGCCGUUCUGAUGAAUAGGACGAGCGACGAUCUCGACACCGACACGGAAUUCGAACCCGUCGAAGACAUGACGAUGGAAACGAGGAGCCGUUCGAGCGCUCACACCGGCGAGCACGGCGUCGACGAGUACCCAGACAUCAGUGGCAUUACUAACGCUAGGGAGGCGAUGCGUAAAAUGACAGAGGAGGAUAAGCGCAAGAUACUCCAGCAAGUGGAGUUGUUCAGACGGGAGAAGAUGACCUUCGACAACGAGGUCGCCAAGUGGGACGACGCUGGGAACGAUAUCAUAAUGUUGGCGAAGCACAUGUGCAUGAUCAUGCUCGAGAUGACGGACUUUACUAGAGGCCGAGGUCCGCUCAAGACGACGAUGGACGUUAUCAACGCAGCGAAGAAGAUAUCCGAGGCCGGUACGAAGUUGGACAAACUGACCCGUGAAAUUGCCGAGCAGUGUCCGGAAUCCUCGACCAAGCAAGAUCUACUGGCGUAUCUCCAGCGUAUCGCCCUCUACUGCCAUCAGAUCCAGAUCACCAGCAAGGUCAAGGCUGACGUUCAGAAUAUUUCUGGAGAGCUCAUCGUCAGCGGACUCGACAGCGCCACGUCUCUCAUCCAAGCGGCUAAGAACCUGAUGAACGCCGUAGUUCUGACAGUGAAGGCUUCAUACGUCGCCUCCACGAAGUACACCAGACAGGGAACUAUAGCGUCACCGAUCGUAGUAUGGCGUAUGAAGGCCCCCGAGAAAAAGCCCUUGAUUCGUCCCGAGAAGCCCGAGGAAGUAAGGGCUAAAGUACGUAGAGGCAGUCAAAAGAAACAGCCGAGCCCCAUACACGCUCUGGCCGAGUUCCAGAGCCCCGCGGAGAGUGUAUAAUGGAGCUCGAUCUUCACUUAAUUAUUUAAUUAUAAAAAUAAUUUGAUUCCCUUUUAGUACUAAAUUUUACACAGUCGUCAAUAUUUGCCAAUCGUUGGCAAUGUCAUGAAAAGUGCUUGUCAUUGGCAAGAUCAUGUAGUACAAUUGGCAAGGUUUUUAUUACAAAAAAAAUUGUUAUGUUAAUAAAUAUAAAUAAAUACAUUUUUUUUAA